AUGGCCAUCCAAGCAGCCAUCUAUCUCCUCGUCAUGUACCUACAGCUCCACGUUGCCUUCAUGCUCCUCGGCCGCCUUUUGAGUGGCUUCCUGGGAGACUACAACCUCAUCCUGGCCAGCUGCUUCGCCUACGUGGCCGACACCAGCGACAAACGCGCACGGACGUUUCGGGUCGCCAUCCUGGAGGCCUGCCUCGGCGUCGCGGGCAUGCUGGCCAGCAUCGGGGGUGGCCAGUGGCGCAAGGCACAGGGGUACAUCAACCCCUUCUGGCUGGUGCUCGCUGCCAGCCUCGCCGCCGCUCUCUACGCUGCGUUCUGCCUCCAGGAAUCGGUGAAGCAGCAGAAACCAGCCAAGCUGUUGACCCUCAGUCAUUACAAGGCUGUCUACAGGCUGUACACAGCCCCAGAACACAUGAGCUCCAGGUGGAAGCUCGCCCUUUACUCCUUAGCUUUCUUUCUUAUUGUCACGGUACAUUUUGGGGCCAAGGACCUCUAUGUUUUGUACGAGCUUGGCUCCCCUCUCUGCUGGACCCCAGACCUCAUCGGGUACGGUUCGGCCAUUAAUUACUUGGCUUAUCUGAGCAGCCUGGGAGGGCUGCGGCUGCUGCAGCUCUGCCUUGAAGACACCUGGGUGGCAGAGAUCGGACUGUUCUCCAAUAUUUCUGGACUGGUGGUGAUUUCUCUUGCAACUACAACACCACUGAUGUUUACAGGUUACGGGCUUCUCUUCCUUUCCAUGGCAGCCACUCCAGUCAUCAGAGCCAAGCUCUCCAAGCUGGUCAGUGAGACGGAACAGGGUGCUCUCUUUGCCUCUGUUGCCUGCGUGGAAGGGCUGUGUUCACUUGUGGCUACAGGAGUGUUCAACUCCCUCUACCCUGCCACCUUGCACUUCAUGAGGGGAUUCCCGUUUCUCUUCGGGGCUAUAAUUCUUCUUAUUCCAGCAGCUAUUAUUGGGUGGAUAGAAAUCUGGGACUCAAAGCGGGACUACAAUGACUUCUCAGAAGCUUCCCUGUCCCCGGCAGAUGGCUGA